CCCAUAUGUACUGACUUACUCUGCAUCUGCGUCUUGACUGCCAAGCAGCGCGAACUCCCAGACUCAUUCAUGCCCGGAAACACUGAUCUUUCUCGCUUGCCAUUCUAAAUCGUGUAUAAUUCAUUCAACGUUAAGGCAAGAUGGGGCAUUUCGACCACUGCACCCCAGAUCAGCGUUUCACCAUCACCUUUCCUGACAUGGUGCAUGAGACCGGCACCAAGAAGGUCAUUAUCGACUGGGAUCAACGACGCUUCAUUGCUGUUGGGACCGCAUGGAAGGAGGUGGAUGAGGACUUCUUUCUCUGUGCACUCGCAGAGCACAUUGAUGAUAUCCCCUCAGAUGUUACGCGUAUUGAGGUUGGAGAGCAUGGGGAACUACUAAAGUGUAUCACUGACCCAGAGGAGGAUCAGACUAGCAUCCCCUUCUAUCCCUCUCCGUCAGACUACCCAGCGCUGGUGCCGCAGAUCAGGCGCGAGCAGCUCGUGGAAAUCAGCCGAAUGGGCGUCCAAGUUGACCUGUGCGAGUAUGCCUCGACCCCUGGCUUGCCGCCGCAGCAAGUUGCAUUCAAAUACUACAUCAACGAGGGCAAUAUGGCAGUUGUUUGGGAUGAAGGAAACUGCCUUCUCCACAUGCCCAAGCACCCUAACAUCAUUCAAUUCCAUAGUCUUGUGGUUGACCAGAUCGAAGGCCAAGAGAAAGUCGUCGGCUUUACAACCCCAUUUAUACCUGGGGGGACUAUCGAAGAUAAUAUCUCCAGGCCAUUCAAGCUCAAGCACCUGAGGCAGUUGACCUCGACUAUCGACUACCUUAACCUUGAGCUAGGCAUCUCCCAUAGUGACAUUACACUAUACAACCUUCUUAUCGACGAGACCACAGAUAACAUCAUUAUCUUCGACUUCAAUACCGUCGGUAGAAUGGGCCGGGACAAUGAUCCGGCGCGGAAUGAUAUCAAGUUUACUGCCUUUACGCUAUACGAAAUUAUUACCCGGGACACACACCUACGCGAAGAGAACUACCCCGAAGAGCUAGACAUGCCCAUGGUUCUCAAUACGCCAGAUUGGGAGAAGCACGAGGAUGUUGUCCUUGACGCCCCUGUGGAGGAAUAUAGGCGACACCUUGAUGAAUGGAUUGCGACACGCCAAGCCGAUCUAGGCGAAAGGGCAGAGGAGGAGAAGGCAGGGAUCCCAGGAGGCCCAAACCAACCCCCCAACGCACUCGAUUGGCCGCCACUUCCAGAGCUGCCAUAUGUGCUGUUUGUUGGGACAAUGUUGAAUGUGCGUGCACAAAUAAGGCGCGAGUUGGUCCGAAACGAUAUGAAGUUCUUGACAUGGCAGCGACCCCCUAGCUGCGAGCUGCCUCUGCCCGAAGGCAAGAAGUUACUUGCAACAGGGGAAGUGGUGGAAAUGGACUAUGAGGUGUCGUGACAAUGCAAGUCACAGGCUCGAAGGCGUGGAGGCAACCUUGAUAGCUUGGUAAUCUAAAUCGAUGAAAAAGCUUUAACAACCG